UUUUUAUGGCCGUCAGGAAGGUUUUACAAAUCAAAAACUCCAUAAAUUGAAAUUAUAAAAUAUAAAGAUCUAUUAAGGUCUAUGUCCAUGCCUCGAAGUGUCCUGUUGACACUUUUACAGGCGUCUCUUUUACUAUUGUGCAUUUGUCGGUCGGUCUGUCUAUCUAUCUAUAUGUCUGUCUGUAUGUCUAUCUAUCUGUCUGUCUGUAGGAAAAUUGCAUUUGGGGCCACAUGAGUAUUUCUUGUUGCAGUACCACGAGUGGCCACCAAGAGGCUAAAUGCUGCCCUCUACAGUUUAACGUCCUGAAUCACAGUUCUCCUCCCCCUCGAACUCUGACUGUUGAUUUAAGAUCUUAUCAGACAAAACAUCCCAUAAAUCUGGUAUGGCAUUUUGACAACACACACUUCAGAGGAUCCAGACCUGUGACCUGUCUCUGUGAGCCAAUCAGCAUCAAGUGGGCGUGUUUCCCACUUGAUGCUGAGGCACAGCAGUCACUAAGGCACUUGUCCUUAGUGACUGUGGCAGCAGUUGGACGUAUUUGGCGUCGGAGAGGGAGGAGAUAGAGGAGGAAGAGUCUUCCGUUUGUCUGCCUAUCAGAUAUCACUCAUUCCAACAUGCUGGAUGCAUAUAUAAUACAUAAUAUAUAAUAUAAUGCAUAUCUUAAUCUCACUUAAAUACAAUUCUAACUCUAAAACCAAAUCUUAGCCUCUUACAGUUGUCAGGAUCAUAAAGAGCUUUGACACAGGAUGUGUUCUGAGCUCACUACAAACAAACACGCACACACAUGCAUGGAGCAGACAGACAGGUUGGUGGAGGUUCCUCCCUCCGGCUGGUAUGCUGCCAAACAGGUUUGUGGUUGACGUGGUUGUAAGAAAACCGCUCCACACACACACACACACACACCAGCCUAACUCACAGUGAUGCGUACAAGUGUCUGAAAACAAAGCACAAGUUAAAGCCGCGGUUCUUCCAGAACGCUUGGACGGUUGGAUUGGACUGCAGUGUGGGACAGGUGUUGGCUUCAAUGGCAGCCUUGUCCAUGGUGUGGAUCCCGGUGCUGUCCCUGCUGCAGCUGGCCCACUGUGCAGUCACUUCCAGACAUGCUGCAGGAGAGCCGGUGCUGUUGGACGAGCCGUCAGCCGCCUCCUUCCUGACACGCAGGCUGCUGUACAACAGCUGGGACUUUGAGGUGGUGGUGCCUGAUGAUCUGGAGAGAGAGUGUGUGGAGGAGAUGUGCAGUUAUGAGGAGGCCAGAGAAGUGUUUGAGGACGACGCUCAGGCGGACUCAUUUUGGACCAACUACGUCAACAGUCACGAGUAUGCUCCCAGAGUGGAUGUGUCGGGUUUGGUCGCAGGGAUCAUGGCUCUACUUGUGUCUGCUGUUAUUGCUACUGUACUGGGAAUCUACUGCUACAAAGCCAAGCAGAAGAGUGGGCGGAGAUCACAACAAGCUCCAGUGAGGAUGGCAGCAGACGGCCGUCCAUCCACAGAGAUGGUGCCGCUCACUGGGAUCCCCGCUCCAGGUCUACCCAGCUACAAUGAGGCUCUGCACCACAGUGGACAGCAUGAUGCCCCACCGCCUCCAUAUUCAGGGGGGGCGCCAUCAGAGCCUACUGAUCCUGGAGACAACCAAUGAGAGGAAUGGCUGCAUUUGUUUUAAAUGGCUUGAUGGGCUGUUGUUGCAUGUUGUUUUUAUACAGUGUUUAAUGUUUGUGUAUUUACACAGACGGGGCACAGACCCAGAUUUCACACCACUGACCGUGAGAUAAAUCCACAAUGUGUGAAAAGGGUGGGGUUGAUUUUUCUGUGCUUUCAAACUUACGCUCCAUAGUUUUGCAACUGUACAGUAGUUUAUUGUUGACAGGAAUUCAGAGAAUGGUUUAAUAUAAUAAAUAACAAAAACAUGAAA